AUGGAACCUCUACAUGGUCAACUCCAAGCUGCAUUCAACAAUGACCCAGAGGCUUUGCAGACGCUGCCACCCUGGAACCUCCCGCGCUGCCCAACCGUGGUCAACCCUACCGUGUUCUUUGACAUCGCCGUCGACGGUGAGCCCUUGGGCCGCGUCUCCUUCGAGCUGUUUGCAGACAAAGUUCCAAAGACUGCAGAAAACUUUCGUGUUCUGAGCACUGGGGAGAAAGGCUUUGGUUAUAAAGGUUCCUGCUUUCACAGAAUAAUUCCGGGAUUUAUGUGCCAGGGUGGUGACUUCACAUGCCAUAAUGACACUGGUGGCAAGUCCAUCUGCACUGCCAAGACUGAGUGGUUGGAUGGCAAGCAUGUGGUCUUUGGCAAGGUGAAAGAGGGCAUGAAUAUUGUGGAAGCCAUGGAGCGCUUUGGGUCCAGGAAUGGCAAGACCAGCAAGAAGAUCACCAUUGCUGACUGUGGACAAAUCUAAUAAUAAAUUUGACUUGUGUUUUAUCUUAA